AUUAUUCUACUUGUCUGCCAGGUAAGAAUGUCUGAAGCAGAGAAGUCUCCUGAUACUCUUUCUCAGGAGCAGAAGAAGGAAGAAGAAAUGAAAUGUGACAUGGCCCAGGAGAAAAGCACUUCUGAUGUAGGUGACAUACAUGUAGAACAUAAGAAAGAAGAUGGUGUGAUGACAAACACACAAGAGAAGGAUGAGGCAAAUUUGUUAGAGAAGUCUAAAGCAAGUGGAACAAAUACAGAACAAGUUGCAACUCCAAGUGUUAAUCUAGAGGAAGCAUCAACAGUGAAAAGUGAUUCUGGACAGGUCCAUGGUACAGGUCCAAGCAUCAAGGCUGAACCAAGUAUUCUUAGUGAUGGUGCAGGGGACUCAAAGGUAAAAGAAAUUCAAGGAGACACUGUCAAUGAAUUGCCUUCUGAAAGCACAUCUGGAGGCAGUACAGUACCUGUCAUUGCAAAGGACUCCACUGAUGAAAAGACUGUAGUCAUAAUUGAUAAGAUUCCAUUGGUUGAAAAAGUUGAAUCGAACAUAAGAACAGAUGCAGGGGAUACAAACAUAGAAUCUACAAAAUUAGAUGAAUUGAAAGGCAAGGACGCUCUUUCUUCACAUGUUGAGCUUUCAGGAUCGACCACCGAGUCUUUAGACACUGCUUCAUCAAACCAACCCCUAUCGAGUGAAGAAGUACGUCCUGCAAUUGAUAUCAACAAUAAAUUAAAGACUAAUGAACUCCCAAUAUCAGAUGUGGAAAAGGAAAGACUGUUGACAACUGAACCAGAAAUUGCUCCUGAAAACAAGAAAAAUGCUGAUACAACUAGUGAUGCACAGAAAACAACUCCUGAAAUUCCUGUGGCCAACAAAACUGAUAAAAUGGAAAUUGAUAAUGAUCCCAGUUCUUUGACUAGUGUUGUUUCCAAUUGCAAUUUACAAAAGGAAACAACUUUGCAAGCUCAAGGUAAAAUUCAGGAGACAAAUACUCCAAGUGAUGUUAGUGUGCAGAACAGUGUGGUUCAUCAUGGUGAGCAAAAACUAGAGACUUCAUUAUCACAUAGUUAUUUACCACGGAAAGAAUCAGCCAUGGCUAAUCUUCAUAAGAUGGAUGUAAUGCCACAUGAGGGAACAAGCUCAAAGGCUGUGCAUGAAAUAAUUGCUAUGAAUUAUGGAAGGUUGGACACAGAAAGGAUUGUUCCAACAUCAGUGUCAUCAGACAGACUAAAUCUUGUUCAUUCAUCAGCUCCCUUGGUGGAAGGAGCCCCUGUUUCAUCUUCUAUUCAAACCACUGUCCCUGUUCCUCCAGAAAAAGACAGUCUUGUGUCUUUACCAGUCAAUGUAGAACAGUCUGAACCUGUUUUUCAGCCAGAUUUGUCAGUGCGUGCUCCUGGAUCUGUUCUCACAGAUUCCAAGAUUGAGGUCCAGGAAUCUCUGGAUGAUUGGGAUAUACCAGCAUCUGAUGAAGAGGAAGAUGACGGUGAAAGUCAAACAGAUGGUUCGGAGAAGAAGAAGAGAAAGAUUGUGAAGAGAGGUUACUGGGAGCCUCCUAUCGAUGUGAUUGUUGAUCUCUAUAACAAGCUUGAUAAAGAUGGUAUCCUAGAACUGAGUUGGAAGUGUCCUGGAAGAAGACCUCCUAGUGAAGAAGGUGAUAAGGAAGAAGAGAAAGAACAGUUAGAAGAUAUACAAGAUGAGGAAGCCAUGGAGAUAUCUCAGGAGGAAGACCCCACAGAGUUUGAUUUUGACAUGGAUGUGGAAUUAGAUUCAUCAGUACAAAAGAUGACACCAAGAAGAAACAUUGGAGGAGGACAAGCCCAGGGCAGUGGUAAGAAGAGAGUAGCCAGGAUGGACAAGGUCCUCAACGAUAUCUUCAGACAUCGUAAGAUAGACACCACCACCAUGGUAGAUCCUGAGAAGAAAGAAAACAAGGAAUCUGACCAAGCAAUGGAUACCACUACAUCCCCCAUCCUCACACCAAACAGACCUUCUGAUAAGUUUCACAUCCGUAGUGAUCUCUGAUUGUACAUGUAAGUCUAUUGCAUUGGAUGGGCCAAGUUUCACAUCCAUAGUGAUCUGUGAUUGUAAGUCUUUUGCAAUGGAUGGGCCAAGUUUCACAUCCAUAGUGAUCUGUAAUUGUAAGUCUAUUGCAAUGGAUGGGCCAAGUUUCACAUACGUAGUGAUCUGUGAUUGUACAUGUAAGUCUAUUGCAUUGGAUGGGCCAAGUUUCACAUCCGUAGUGAUCUCUGAUUGUAAGUCUAUUGCAUUGGAUGGGCCAAGUUUUACAUCCGUAGGGAUCUGUGAUUGUAAGUCUAUAGCUAUGUAUGGGCCAAGUUUCACAUCCGUAGUGAUCUGUGAUUGUAAGUCUAUUACAAUGGAUGGGCCAAGUUUCACAUCCAUAGUGAUCUGUGAUUGUAAGUCUGUUGCAAUGGAUGGGCCAAGUUUCACAUCCAUAGUGAUCUGUGAUUGUAAGUCUGUUGCAAUGGAUGGCCAAGUUUAACAUCCGUAGUGAUCUGUGAUUGUAAGUCUGUUGCAAUGGAUGGGCCAAGUUUCACAUCCAUAGUGAUCUGUGAUUGUAAGUCUAUUACAAUGGAUGGGCCAAGUUUCACAUCUGUAAUGACCUGUGAUUGUAAGUCUAUUGCAAUGGAUGGGCCAAUUUUCACGUCUGUAGUGAUCUGUUAUUGUAAGUCUAUUGCAAUGGAAAGGCCAAGUUUAACAUCAGUAGGGAUCUGUGGUUGCAAUUCUAAUGAUAAGAUUACAAUGGAUGGGCCAGGUUUCACAUCUCUAAUGAUCUGUGAGUGUCAGUCUAAUGGUAAAAUGACUGUAAACUGAAAAUUUGUUCACUUGUAGAUUCAUCAUGCACAUACUGUAACAUGUGCGGCUAUGUACCUGUUAAUCUCCCAAAUGACAGCAAACUAUUUAAGCAUUAAGGGGGUGAACCAACCUAAAUUGAGUAUGGUAAUGUGCAAAUAUCUGUUGUUUCUAUCCUCCAUCAAGCCAAAUGGCUCAUAUAUUUAUGUUUGAAAGGCUUCAUUUUAGGAAAAGUUUGCCCCUGACACAAGUUUUAUUUUCAUUUAGAAAAGUACAAUAAAUGUAUUACUGAAUGUUUGAUGAAAAUCUAUCUAAUAAUAAAAUAGUUAAUUCUAGUGAGAUCUCAUGUGAGCAGAACCCUAUGUGUCAUGUAUAACUUCAAUACAUUCCCAAUUUUUUAUGUAUUCAUAAUGAAAAUAUUUAUAUCUUAGAAUCAUGUAUGUGUCUAGUAAUGUAUUGAAUACAUGGGUGAUCUCACUUUUGAUUUUUCUUGAAGAAAAUGUAGAUUUCUGAAUAUUUUAUCAAAUGAUGUAUCGGGGAGCUACUCUCAUGUGACAUCACACACACACACAAAAUAAACCUUUAAUUUCAAAAUAUGCUCUUUGAAAGACUUGUGCCAAACUGUCAAUGUUUUUUUCAAUUUUUGUUCCAACCGACAUGACAUCAGGAUAGACCUCUCGUUCAAUAGAGUAGGAAUGUGUCAAAGAGACCUUUUUUUUAGUUGACUAUUUGUCUAUCAAGAAAGUUUUAUGUGGUGAUGAAAAAAGAUCAGAGUUUAGAGGAUAUGAAAUUGGUAUCAUAACGAUUAUGGGCUGACAUGUUACCAUAGUAACAGACGGACAGCUGUGCUUCGCUUCCAAUCAAAACCAAGGAAAAUUUUCAGAUGAAUGUUGAUGAAACAUGUUCAUCCUUCAGGAUAAAGAAAUAAGCAAGAUAUGAAAAACUAAAGGAUAAUAUAUGAACAAAUGUUUUAUAAUUUGCAACCCUUUGGAAGGAUUACUUUAAAUGUACAAAAAUAUAUGUAGAAGUUGUGGUAAAAAUACAGGUGUGUAUGAAAAAUCAAGCAUUGUUCAUAAUAAGGGAGAAAUUUGGCAUCAUCAUGGACUUUGUCAACAAUCCAUUCAUUGCCAUUAAGUUAUUGCCAGUGACAGCUUUCCUCUCCCAUUGAAUUCAAAUAAGGUCAGAUAUUGGAAUGAGCAAAUUAUUUUUCACUGUAAUAUUUCUGUAGUACAUGUAGGUCAUGUAUUGGACUGAAUGGUAUUGGUAUAACAAUGUAAAGCCCUUACACAGACUGCUUUGUGAGUGCUUUCUAUGAUUUCAUGAAACACUGGUUGAAGUGGGAAAAUCAUUAUAUCUAGAUAAAUAAUAGUAAAAUUAACAAAAACACUGAAAAUUUCAUCAAAAUUUAGUAAUAAAAACUAGACAAUUUUGUUUUCAAUAUUUUCUACUUGUGCCUAAAGCAAUCCCUUUGAUUCUUUCCCUCAAGUAUUUCACUCUGUUAACAGUUUGGUACCCCCCCCCCCUUUCACAUAGACAGCCAAGAUAAAUUUCAGUUGCCCCUCCGUUAUCUGACUUAAUAUCUAUAUCUUUAACUUUAUGAGAUCUUAUUAUUUCUUCAAAGAUCUCUUAUUUAAUCAGUUUAUGGAUUAACAUUAUUUUGAGAUGGUGUAUAGUAAUGCAUAUCGCCAUUGUUCUCAUGUUCACUAACUCUGUGAUAUGUUGUAUUCAUUUCUAGCCACUUGAAUGAUAAUACAUGCGUUGUGUGUUUGGCUAAAUAAACAAUUGAUUUCAAAGUAUUAAAUGUGAAGGUUUUAUUCUACAAGCCAUAUUCCUUCAUGUUACACAAGUUGUGUACCAUACAAGAUGAGGUGCAUAAAAUGCCAAUAGAUUGAUUAAAUUGAAGAUGUAUUAUAAACUCAA